AUGGAAGUUCUCCUCAACCUCAAAUCCUCCAUGACUGGUCCAAAAGGCAACGGCCUCCACGACUGGGUUCACUCCACUUCUCCGGCGGCUCACUGCUCUUUCUCCGGCGUUUCCUGCGACGGCGACACUCGUGUUGUCUCCCUCAACGUCUCUUUUACUCCUCUGUUUGGAACCAUCUCACCGGAGAUUGGGAUGUUGACUCGUUUGGUGAAUCUGACUUUAGCUGCGAACAAUUUAACCGGUAGUUUGCCGUCGGAGAUGAAGAGUCUAACUGCUCUCAAGGUUUUGAAUGUCUCCAACAACGGAAACCUCAGCGGAAGCUUCCCCGGAGGGAUUCUAACUUCCAUGGCUGAGCUUGAAGUCCUUGACGCAUAUAACAACAACUUCACCGGGACGUUACCGCCGGAGAUUCCGGGGCUUAAGAAGCUGAAACACCUCUCCCUCGGCGGAAAUUUCUUCACCGGAGAGAUUCCAGAGAGCUACGGAGAUAUCAAGAGCUUGGAGUAUCUUGGACUCAACGGCGCUGGUCUCUCCGGCGAUUCUCCGGGGUUCUUGUCACGCCUUAAGAAUCUCAGAGAAAUGUACGUUGGCUACUUCAACAGCUACACCGGCGGUGUUCCGCCGGAGUUCGGUGGAUUGUCGAAGCUUGAGGUCCUUGACAUGGCGAGUUGUACACUCACCGGAGAGAUUCCGACGACACUGAGUAACCUGAAGCAUUUGCAUACGUUGUUUCUUCAUAUCAACAAUUUAACCGGACAUAUCCCACCAGAGCUCUCCGGUUUAAUCAGCCUUAAAUCGCUCGAUCUAUCAAUCAACCAGCUAACCGGAGAGAUUCCUCAGAGCUUCAUCGGUCUGGGAAACAUCACUCUGAUCAAUCUGUUCAGGAACAAUCUCUACGGGCAAAUACCGGAGUUCAUCGGAGAAUUGCCGAAGCUGGAGGUGUUCAAAGUUUGGGAGAACAACUUCACGUUAGAGUUGCCGGCGAAUCUUGGACGGAACGGGAAGCUGAAGCAGCUCGAUGUCUCUGACAAUCAUCUCACGGGACUCAUCCCCAAGGAUUUGUGCAGAGGCGAGAAGCUGGAGAUGCUGAUACUCUCCAACAACUUCUUGUUUGGCCCUAUUCCGGAAGAGCUAGGUCAGUGCAAGUCGCUAAACAAAAUCAGAAUCGUUAAGAAUCUUCUCAACGGGACUGUUCCGGCGGGUCUCUUCGACCUGCCGCUGGUUACGAUUAUCGAACUCACGGAUAAUUUCUUCUCCGGCGAACUUCCGGCAGCGAUGUCCGGCGAUGUUCUCGAUCAGAUUUACCUCUCGAACAACUGGUUUUCCGGCGAAAUCCCCUCUGCGAUCGGUAAUUUCCCUAAUUUACAGACCUUGUUCUUGGACAGGAACCGAUUUCGCGGGAACAUUCCGAGAGAAAUCUUCGAGUUGAAGCAUCUCUCGAAGAUCAACACAAGUGCGAACAACAUCACCGGCGAAAUUCCCGAUUCCAUCUCCAGCUGCACUUCCUUAAUCUCCGUCGAUCUCAGCCGUAACCGUAUAGAAGGAGAAAUCCCUAAGGAGAUCCACAACGUGAUUAACCUGGGAACUCUGAAUCUCUCCGGCAAUCAGUUAACCGGCCCCAUACCUACCGGAAUCGGAAACAUGACGAGUUUAACCACUCUCGAUCUCUCCUUCAACGACCUCUCCGGACGAGUACCACUCGGCGGUCAAUUCAUGGUGUUCAACGACACUUCCUUCGCCGGAAAUCCUUACCUCUGCUUGCCUCACCACGUCUCAUGUCUAACGCGGCCAGGGCAAACCUCCGAUCACAGCCACACGGCGUUGUUCUCACCAUCAAGGAUCGUCAUCACGGUUAUCGCAGCGAUCACUGCCUUGAUCCUGAUCAGCGUAGCGAUUCGACAGAUGAACAAGAAGAAACACCAGAAGUCCCUCGCCUGGAAGCUAACCGCCUUCCAGCGACUAGAUUUCAAAGCCGACGACGUCCUCGAGUGCCUUCAGGAAGAGAACAUAAUCGGCAAAGGCGGAGCCGGGAUCGUCUACCGCGGAUCCAUGCCAAACAACGUAGACGUCGCGAUCAAACGCCUCGUAGGCCGUGGAACGGGAAGAAGCGACCACGGAUUCACGGCGGAGAUCCAGACGCUCGGAAGGAUCCGGCACCGCCACAUCGUGAGACUCCUCGGCUACGUAGCGAACAAGGACACGAAUCUGCUUCUCUACGAGUACAUGCCUAACGAGUAUGCUUACACUUUGAAAGUGGACGAGAAGAGUGAUGUGUACAGUUUUGGUGUGGUUCUGUUGGAGCUAAUAGCUGGGAAGAAACCGGUUGGUGAAUUUGGGGAAGGAGUGGAUAUAGUUAGGUGGGUGAGGAACACGGAGGGUGAGAUACCUCAACCGUCGGAUGCAGCUACUGUUGUUGCGAUCGUUGACCCGAGGUUGACUGGUUAUCCGUUGACCAGUGUGAUACAUGUGUUCAAGAUAGCGAUGAUGUGUGUAGAGGAUGAGGCAGCGUCAAGGCCGACAAUGAGAGAGGUUGUGCACAUGCUCACGAACCCUCCCAAGUCCGUGACUAACUUGAUCGCGUUCUGA